GAGUUUACACAGCGCGCAACGUACGAUAGCAAUAUAUCAAACGGUGUAUAUUUAUGAUUAUUAUCCCCCUCGCUCGCUUGCCAUUGUCGUGUUCGUGUAAGGAAAGCGCGCCGCCAGGAGAUCGAGAAUGAGGAUAGUAUACACCAUUGAAUUCCUACAUCAGUGCACUUACUCAUGCACCGAGUGAAUGUAUUCCUCUCACCAAAAGUGUAAUAUAUAUACUUGGGAUAUAUACUUGACUAUAUGCUGCAGUGGAUUUCCUGUUUGCUGUGCGGACACGACGGAGGCAAUCCUUUGUUAGUUAUGAACAAAUAAAAACGAACACGCCUGCUUCCUAUUUUGAUUUCUCAAGUCUAAUACGUGUACACACUACACAAUGAUACCAGUCAAACUCCUCUGCUACUCCGCGAUAACGCUAUGCUUCAACGGCGCUGUCCUGCGCCGGUACCUCCGGGAGGAACUACGCCUGGCGUUCCCAUACACCUUCCUCGUGCUUCUGCCAACGAUUGCCCAGCCAUUUUGCCAGUUGUUUCUCGGUGGAUUUUGCGGAGUAACGGUUUUUGCCGUAGCUUGUUAUUACCUCUUUAGGAAUUUACCGCAACAAUGGCUGGAUCCAAGAGGAAAAGCAAUAUUUGUUACAGGAUGCGAAUCUGGAAUAGCGCACUCCACGGCCGCACAUCUGGAUUCCCUUGGGUUCACAGUCUACGCAGCAUUUCUCACGGAAGACGCAAAGGCAGAGAAAGAAUUAGCACAGCUUUGCUCUGACAGACUGGUGACCCUCUAUCUCGACCCAAGCGAUGAUAACAGAGUGACGAGUACAGUCGAAGAAUUGAGAGAAAGUCUCAACGGCAAUGAUUUAUGGGGUUUGGUGAAUGGUGUGUCCACCUGCUACUACGCAGAAUCUGAGAUCAUGCCGAUGGAUUUCUACCGGAAGCAGUGGACUGUCAAUGUCGAAGGUCAAAUAAGGGUUACGAGAGCGCUACUUCCGCUUCUCAGGAGGUCACGUGGCCGAAUCGUCAAUAUUACGGGUAUAUCAAACCGGCUUCCAGCACCUGGUUUUUCAGCCUUUUGUGCUUCCAAAGCAGCACUCUUGAUGUACAGUGACGUGCUGCGCAUUGAGAUGAAGAAAUGGGGUGUCAAUGUUUCAGUUAUCGAGCCAUCUGAGUACAGAGCUGCUUUCAACAAAGAUGGAAGACUAAAGAAAGCUCUACUGCACAUGACACAUGAACUGAACCCUUUGGUAUCACAUGAUUACGGAGAUCAGUACUUCGCGGCUGCCAUGGCAACAGUCGAUCGGGAGGAUGGGACAGACUUUACGCCAGACCAAUCAGCGCCCUGCGAAUCCAUUGCUCAUGCGCUGUUGGCAAAGAACCCCCAUGAACAGUACUCAUGCGAUAAAACAUCCAUCGUUCUUGGUCUCCUCACAAGCCACGCCCCCACAUUCGUCACAGACACCAUUGCGAAAUAUUUGGCGGGAACGCACAUUUCGGAGCGAUGCCUAGCGAUGACGUCAGAAGGGAAGGGUUCUGAUGGGAAUUGCACGCAGGCUGCAGACGAUUAUAAAAACGACAACAUCGAAUCUUUAUCAAAUAAUAUAAAAGCAAAUAAUUUCCCUAUUGCCACCUGAGAAAUGCUCAACAAAUCAUUAAAUCUAUAACUAAAUUGGCGCUAUUGAUUCCCUGCAAGAAGCAGGCUUUAGAAUUCCUAAGAAAUCAACUCUGACAUCAUUUGUUGAUUUGAAAACGAAAAACGUGGUGCUAUAGGCCAUCAUGUUGUAUUCACUAUGUCUACUUAGCAAUAAAACAAUCUUACUAUAAAUAAACAAAUUUAUUCUGAAGAUAGUUUUUACCCAGAUGUUUUUGUUUUCAUUGAUUUCAUUUCAUUUUUGUUUCAACCAUUAUAAACUGGGAAAGAAAAUUACAAUGCUUAUUAAAAAGGCACAGUAUGGGAACACAUCUGCUGUAAAAACGCUGUUUAAAAUAUUAAACAUGUUGUUUAAGCCCAUCACUCUAACAAUUAUUGUUUAAAGUUUGAAACAAUUUAAAAAAGUUGAAACAAGUUGUUUAAAAAGUUUAAACAAUUACAAAAUAGUUGGUUUUAGAGUGACAGACUUAAACAAUUUGCUAUUUUUUUUACUGUGAUGAUGCAAAUCCAAUGAUAAGAAAGCCCUGAAGGAAAAUUAUCAAUAGCUUGUCUGAUAUGCUGCCAGAGGUUUUUGGUCAUGGCAAAUUGGGUUUUGACAUCGUUGAAAGAGGCGAUGCCACACGGUUGACCCCUGGCUAGGAUUUUGUAAUGAGUGGAAAAAAGAGACAAAAAAAAGGAAGGGAAAAGGAAGAUAGAAGAAUCAGAUCACCCUGAUGCGACUCCUGCACUCUGAGAAUUUUUUUUUUCAUCUUUGUGGAAGGUGUUUCUGCACUUAUUGAAAAUUCAAUAUAUAAAACACAGUAAUCAUGAUGAAUAUAAAGAAAUACAAAAAUAAAUGAACGAAUUACAAAUUGUGACGAUUACAUAAUAGAAUGAU